AAAAGAGUUCUUUGUUUAUCUUUCCAUGACGAUUUCUUCCCUUGCUUGAAGGGUGCAGUGAAGGACUUAUUUUGAUACUAGCACAUAGCCUCAAGAACCAUUUCAGCGGUAUCAAGAAACAGGUGGUCUCAGGGACGUGUCAUAACUCACAAACAAAAUGUCAGAAUACUGGAAAUCCAAUCCUCGGAAAUUUUGUGACUUCUGCAAGUGUUGGAUUGCAGACAACAAACCAAGCGUAGACUUCCAUGAAAGAGGAAAACGGCAUAAGGAAAAUGUGCAAAAGCGUUUGGCAGAAAUGGGAAGGAAGGGCCAGGAGGACUAUGAGGCUAAGCUACAAGAGGAAGAUUUUCUUAAGAGCAUGGAAGAGGCUGCCAUGAAAGCCUACAAGGCUGACAUAGAGAAGAACCCAGACAUGACCGGAGCAAAGAUCAGUGAGAUAGCUAAGGCGAGCAAUGCUGAACUGGUGGUAGGAAAGAAAAAGGCACCAGCACAAAGCACCACUGCUACUUCCAAGCCAGCUGCUGCUGCAGCACCUAAAGUAUGGCAUGAAGCCAGAGCUGCUGACAAAACAUCAUACUACUGGAACACAGAGACUGGAGAGUCUACAUGGGAGGUACCCAAGGAAGGCUUUUUGUCAAUAGAAGAUCAAGAACAACUGACAAGCAAGACCGGCAAUGCCAGCAACACAUCCUCAAAAGAUAAGCCAACUCCCAAAAUUCAGAAGUCACAGAGCACAGUUUCUGGAGCUCCUGUAACCUAUGGACCUGCACCAAAGGUUGAUGUUUAUUCCUCAUGGCAGACAGUUGAGAUGACUAAGGAAAAAGCAGUGGACCUCCAACUUCCAGAAAUUGAAGAGGAGGGUUAUUAUGGUCCUGAGGUGGUGAUCAGUAAGCCUGAAGUGACAUUCAAGGAAAAGGUUGUAACACUAUCCAAUAAAGGAGAUGAAGGAGGAGGCAAUGUUGGCUUCAAGAAAAGGAAAGCACUGCAGGACAAUAGAAAGAUUAUGAAAAGAAGAAAUGAUUUAUAGGACCAAAAUUACUUUCAUCUGUUGUAACAGGGAUUUUAUGGUGUAUUCAAGGUAUGGGAAGUAAAGAUGUUUACUUUGAGAAAUUGAAUUUAAAAAAGCUAUAGCUGUGUACCUUUAUUAAAGGUAAGUACUUUUACUAAGUUAUGAAAUGAGUCUGGCUGAUCUGAAACCAUUCCAUUCAUCACAUGAUGCCAUUUCCUUUCUUCCCCAAUAAGCAUCCAGUUUCAGUGUUACCUCUUUAGAUUGACUUGUUUUGUGCCCUUUCAUGCAUCACUUAAUCACCCAAAUUGGUCACUGAUCAAAUGCCAAGAGAUAGAGUAACCAUCACAUUGGGGACCAGGGAAGGUAUCCAUCAAGUUGGCCUUAAUGGAAUAAAAUUCAAAAGUAUACGAGUUAAACAAUCAAGUACAAAAUCAUGUGUAUAUUAUAAGACUUUCAGAACUGGCAUACAUUAGUUUCUUAAAGAAAUUAAUUUUUAUGAUAGGCAUUUAUUAUCAAUAUAAAUAAAGCAUACAAUGUU